AUGUCUGAGCUUGAGGCCUUCAGCAUGGGCUCCGAGGACAGUUGGUGGCAGCUCCUGCUAGGGCUGUGGACGGUCACACCCACCUUGGCUGGAGAUGAACUGCUCAAUGUCUGCAUGAACACCCAACACCAUAAGACAGAGCCCGGCCCAGAAGACAAGCUCUACGUGGAGUGCAUCCCCUGGAAGGACAACGCCUGCUGCACGGCCAGGACGAGCUGGGAAGUCCACCUGGACGUGUCCCCACUCUACAACUUCAGCUUAGUUCACUGUGGACUGAUGAUCCCGGGCUGUCAGAAGCACUUCAUCCAGGCCCUCUGCUUUUUGGAGUGCUCCCCGAACCUGGGGCCUUGGAUCCAGUUGGUGCACCCGAGUGGGCAGCGAGAACGUGUUCUGGGUGUGCCGCUGUGUCGAGAGGACUGUGAGCAGUGGUGGGCAGAUUGCCAGGAAGCUUACACUUGCAAAUCCAACUGGCAUGGUGGCUGGGCCUGGAGUCAGGGGAAGAACCGCUGCCCCGCAGGAGCCCUCUGCCGCCCUUUUCCGCAUUACUUCCCCACCCCAGCUGAGCUGUGUGAGAAGAUUUGGAGUAACUCCUUCAAGGCGAGCCCUGAGCGCAGGAACAGCGGGCGGUGUCUCCAGAAGUGGUUCCUGCCUGCUCAGGGCAACCCCAACGUGGCUGUGACCCGCCACUUCGCCAGCCCUGCCCCAUCCUGGGGGCUCUCCCCAAGCCUCAUGGCCUUUCCUCUGCUCCUGUCCUUCCUGUCCUGAAAGCUGCUGCUGUUCCCGCCCACACUCCUGCUCUCCCACCAGGUACCGGUCAGGCCAGGGCCACCUUCUUCCUCAGGCCCAACCCCAAAAGGAGCAGCACAGGCCAGGGAUGGGGUAAGCUGUUGCAGCUCCAGCAGCCAGUGCCAGGCCUCACCUGCUUAGUCCUUCUCUAUGGCUCUGCUCUGCCUGAGCCGGCCCUAGAGGUGUUGGGAGUUGGGGUGUAGGUGACCUGUCCUCCUGCCUUCACGAUAAGGGACUACAAUGGCACUGUAGACCCUUGUCUGUGCAAGCGCACCCCCUUCCCAUGGCACAGCUCAUGGGGACAGUGCUGGACUCUGAUGGUGCCUCCAAUAAAAUGG